AUUAGCUUGAGACACGGAUCAAACAUCAUGGCUGAGCAGAGGCAUGCAGGUGGAUCUCAGAUCGUUUCCUGGGAUGUUUAAAAAGGCAAAAAAGAAAAUUGCAAACCCUCAGAUAAAUCAGAAAGUGGCACCUUGGAAGCCAUUUUCUGUUAACAUAUACCUCAUGAACAAAAACACUGACACCUCACCUUCACCAUCUGAAGAGUUUGAGUUACUCCAGGCAGGACUGGGAAAACAGACUAUUACAAUUUCUUCCAACGUGAACCAUUCUGAAUUAUGCAAGCUACUUGAAGCUGAAUUUCCCAAAAUGAGAUCACUUACUGGAGGUUGGCUGCUUUAUAAGGCCCCAGGUGGAAAUGGAAGAAGAAAGCUUAUAAUUGUGCCUCCAGACUCAGAGGGCUAUACAGGCAGUCUUAUCAAGAUGGCAUCUAACACUGGAAGAACAGCACUCUACAUGGUCCCUCUUCAAGAUGAGUUAUGUCUUGAUCCACUGCCAUUCUCAGCAGAUGAGUUUGCUAAGAUGCCAAAGGUGGAGUGUCGGACAUGUAAAACAACAAUGCCACUACCGGUUUUAUACUUGCAUGUCAAGUCCUGUGGUGGCACACAAUCAGCUGAUGAUGAAGAGAUUACUGAUGAUGAUGAUGUGAAAAUAGUUGCUGAGACGGCCAGUACUGUGACCCUUGCCACCCCAACCCCUACUUCUAGGCCUACACCUACUACCCCUACACGAACCUCUACUCCUACACCCACCACAAGUUAUGAGGAUGAGGGACAGUGUCCCAUUUGUUUGGACAUAUUUACGCAGAGACAGUUGCCUGUGCAUGCAAGUAUAUGUGGAGAAAGUGUAUUACAGACAUUACCUUAUUCGAUCAGUCCUCCAUGUGGCACACCUGAACACAAAAACCAAAGGCCAGAAAUACAAUGUCCAGAUGAUGUACUGCGUUUGUUGGCAAGUAGGGUUGAUGACAGCAAGGAUUUCAAGAUCUGCGUGUCUCGCACAGACUUCUUUCAAAGAGCAAUGGUACAGUGGCAGCGGCAAAAGAGAGGAACCCCUGGCAACACUUUGCGUGUAACAUUUUUGGGGGAAGCAGGUGUUGAUACAGGUGCCAUUCGAAAGGAAUUUCUUACAGAUUUGGUUGGUGAGAUUGAGAAACACCUAUUUGAGCAUAGAGGACACCGGAGUGGGAAGAGUCCUAUAUACUCCAUAAGUGAUCUGGAGAAAGGAUUAUUCAGGACUGCGGGAGAGGUGUUUUCAGUCAGUCUUGCUCAGGGUGGACCAGCCCCCUGUUUCUUGAGACGGUGGUGCUUUGAUUUUCUUUCUACGGGAGAAUUGGAUGAAGCGAAUCUCACUGAAGAUGACGUUGAUGACACUGAACUUUUUGAUUUGAUUAAAAAGGUGAAAGAAGACGCUGAUCUCUCAGCAUGGACUGAUGCUAUAAUUAAUUGUGGUUUCACUGGGGCCAUUACACCGGAGAACAAAGAGGCCAUCAUACGAUCUGUUGUGCUGCUGUUGUGUCUGAUCCCAAUGUUGAAGCAAGUCCGAAAAGGUUUUCAAUUGUACAAUUUUGUGGACAUCUUGGAAGAGCAUUCAGGACUGUGCCAACAUUUCUUUGUCCCCAGUGCAGUGGACGAUUAUGAUGAUGAUAAGGCUGAUGCAGAUUUUAUCAUGCAGAGCAUUCUUCCUGAACUAUCGGAGAAGGGAACAAUACGAGAGACCCGUGAAACAGCCAUCAUCAACUUCCUACAAGAUUUUCUUCAGGAAAUUGAAAGCACUGAGGAUAACCCUGAAAGAGACUCCCUGCCCCUAACUGUCCCCCGUAUCAUGCAGUGGCUUACCGGCCAGGGACAUAAGCCUCUUCUUAUGUCAGAACUAAGGGAAUUCAAAAUCUAUUUGAAUUUUGACCACGAGUGCAUGCAGAGGAUGCCAGAGCACAAGAUUUGCUUCCCUGUUGUAAGUGCCUGUGCCAGAAAAAUUACAUUUCCUACAGCACACAUGGACAAUUAUAAUUCAUUUAAAACCAUCAUGUUGCAAGCCAUCCAUUUUGACACUGGAUUCAACCGGGUUUAAAAUAUAAGCAACGCUACUAUAUUUUAGAAUUCUAUCCUACUGACUGUGCACAUGUUCAAGGCAUAUUAUAACCCUGCUCUGCAUUGUUAAAUGUUCUUGUUCUCACUUUAUAGCAGAAAAAAAACAAAGUCAAUUAUGAUUUUAUUCAUAAGUUUUUUUUUUUAUUUUUUACAAAAUCUGUUUAUUGGGAAUAAAUGUCCUGCCUAUGGAGU